UUGAGUGGCGCAGCGGAAUGAGCGCUGAUGCAGUAACGCAGCCGCUGCGCUUUGAGUUGCACCUCUGAGCUCUUUUUCUCACUCUGACUAUUUUUACCAGGCACUUUACCGUCUGCGUCAGUGCACACUUACCGGGGGAGACUUCUUCUUCAUCUUCUUCUUCAUCAUCUGCUGGAGUUUUGCUAUUAAUGCGAGCUGUUGGUCGUGCAGCGGGAGCACGCGCAGAAUGAGGCGGCUGCUCUUGCUCGUGUCGCUGUGUGUAUCGGCGCAGACGCUGGACGCAGGCGCAGACGCAGACGCAGCCGCGGAGCAGCCGAGAGCGAACCGAGCGAAGCGGCGCGGCGGCGGCCAGGACGUGCUGAAGGGACCGAAUGUGUGUGGAUCCCGUCAUCACGCGUACUGCUGUCCCGGAUGGAAGACCUUGACCGGAGGGAACCAGUGCAUCGUCCCUAUUUGUCGGAGCUCCUGCGGAGACGGCUUCUGCUCCAGACCCAACAUGUGCACCUGUCCGAGCGGCCAGAUCGCGUCCACCUGCGGAUCCAAAUCAGUCCAGAACUGUAACAUCCGCUGCAUGAAUGGCGGGUCGUGUGCGGAGGACCAGUGUCAGUGUCAGAAGGGAUUCAGCGGAGCUCACUGCGGCCAGCCGGUGUGUGAGUCCGGCUGUCUGAACGGAGGCCGAUGCGUCGCUCCAAACCGCUGCCUGUGUAACUACGGCUUCACUGGAGCUCAGUGUGAGAGAGAUUACAGGACGGGGCCGUGUUUCGCGUCGGUCAGUAACCAGAUGUGUCAGGGUCAGCUGACGGGAAUCGUCUGCACCAAGACACUGUGCUGUGCGACGGUGGGGCGGGCCUGGGGUCAUCCGUGUGAGCAGUGUCCCGUGCAACCGCACCCCUGCCGCCGCGGCUUCAUUCCCAACCACCGCUCCGGGGCCUGUCAGGAUUACAGGACGGGGCCGUGUUUCGCGUCGGUCAGUAACCAGAUGUGUCAGGGUCAGCUGACGGGAAUCGUCUGCACCAAGACACUGUGCUGUGCGACGGUGGGGCGGGCCUGGGGUCAUCCGUGUGAGCAGUGUCCCGUGCAACCGCACCCCUGCCGCCGCGGCUUCAUUCCCAACCACCGCUCCUUACUCUGUGUAUGUGACAUUGACGAGUGCUCUCAGAUCCUGGGCCUGUGCAGUGCAGGUCAGUGCUCCAACACCAUCGGCAGCUACUUCUGCAGGUGUCCGGUGGGCUUCGACACGGCGCUGGACGGCUCGCACUGCAUCGACGCUCGGACGGGGUUCUGCUACGCUAGCAUCGUGAACGGACGCUGUGCUAACCCGCUGCCGCAGCGCAUGUCCAAGAGUCAGUGCUGCUGCGAGAACCAAGGAUGCUGGUCCGGAUCCGCCGUCCCAGAGAUGUGUCCCAUCCGCGGAACAGAGGAGUAUCAGAGACUCUGUCUGUAUAGUUACACGGUUCCUGAUCCAGACCGACCAGAUCUGGGUCCGAUUCCCAUUCCAGGUCCAGGUCAGAUUCCCAUUCUGGUUCCUGGUAUUAUUCCUCGCCCCGGUCCUGGUCCGGAUUUUCCCGAUGUCCCACGAGAUCCCAUACCUGUGCCGCCCACAUCUGUUGACCUUCCCUCAUUCACCAUCAGACCUGUCAUCCUGCCUCAAAACAUCAGCAUCAGGAACAUGUGCGAGGCGUUUCGUAACCUGUGCAUCAACGGCCGCUGCGUGCCGACGCCAGGCAGCUACCGCUGCGAGUGCAACAUGGGCUACCGGCUGGACGGCCGCGGCGAAUGCAUCGAUGCGAACGAGUGUGAGCGGAGCCCCUGUGUGAACGGAGAGUGUGUGAACACACCCGGAUCCUAUUACUGCCAGUGUCCCACCGGAUUCCAGAGCACGGCCACCAGAAAAGCACACACACAUCUGGAUGAGUGCGUGGCCAACGGUCGCAUUUGUAACAACGGCCGCUGCGUCAACACAGAGGGCAGCUUCCACUGCGUGUGCAACGCCGGCUUCGAGAUCUCGGCUGACGGAAGGAACUGCCAAGACACUGAUGAGUGUUUGAUAAGGAACAUCUGUCUGAAUGGCAUGUGCAUCAAUGAAGACGGCAGCUUCAAGUGCAUCUGUAAACCUGGAUACUUGUUAGAGGGCACCGGACGAUUCUGUGUGGAUGUGGACGAGUGUGAGGUUCCCGGCAUGUGUAUGAAUGGCCACUGCGUCAACACCGAGGGCUCGUUCCGCUGUGAGUGUAUGCCGGGACUCGCCGUGGGGCUCGACGGACGCAUCUGCGUAGACACACACAUGCGAAGCACGUGUUACGGAGGAUAUAAGCGCGGUCAGUGUGUGCGACCGUUCUUCGGCGCCGUGACCAAAUCCGAGUGCUGCUGCGCCAGUGUGGAGUAUGCCUACGGAGAGCCGUGCCAGCCGUGCCCGCCGCUCAACUCAGCGGAGUUUUCGGCUCUCUGCAGUCACGGCCCAGGAACUACGACUGAUGGCAGAGAUAUAAACGAGUGUGCGCUGGAUCCUGAUAUCUGUCAGAACGGCGUGUGCGAGAACAUGCUCCGAACAUACAAGUGUAACUGUAAUCUGGGCUUUGAGGUGGACAUCAGCGGGAAGACCUGCGUCGAUGUGGACGAGUGCAUGAUGAACAGACACCUGUGUGAGAACGGCCUGUGUAGAAACACACCGGCCUCAUACGUGGGCACGUGUUGGCUGAAGGUGGUGAACGGACAGUGUGAGAUUAACAUUAACGGAGCGACGCUGAAGUCUCACUGCUGUUCUUCAUUGGGGGCGGCCUGGGGCUCGCCGUGUGCCAAAUGUGAACCAGGUGAGACGGACAGAACCAGAACCUCCACAACCAAACCACUAACUAACCCGGGACCAUCUGUGAGGGUGAGAUCUCACGUUACGCUCACGGACGGGUCGUUCAUCUGCCAGUGUCCCAGUGGGAUGACGGUGGACUCCACUGGAAGGAUCUGCAUUGACCUGCGCACGGAGCUGUGUUACCUCACACACAUCGACGAGCGCUGCGGCGCUCCGAUCCCGGGCCGGCACCGUGUGGACGCCUGCUGCUGGUGCGUGGGUGUGGCCUGGGGCCCGGAGUGCGACGAGUGCCCGGAGAAAGGAACGCCGGAAUACGUGCAGCUCUGCCCUCGGCCCGGAUUCUCCCACCGUGGAGACUUCAUCAACGGCAAGCCCUUCCUGAAAGAUAUAAACGAGUGUAAGAUGAUCCACAGCUUGUGCACAAACGGCCGCUGCAGGAACACCAUCGGUAGCUUCCGCUGCAGGUGCGACAGCGGCUUCGCUCUGGACUUUGAUGAAAGGAACUGCACAGAUAUCGACGAGUGCCGCAUCUCUCCUGAUCUGUGCGGUCACGGCACGUGUGUGAACACAGCCGGUGAUUUCCGCUGCGACUGUCUCUCCGGAUACGAGAGCGGAUUGAUGAUGAUGAAGAACUGCAUGGACAUCGAUGAGUGCGAGCGCAACCCUUUGCUCUGCAGAGGAGGUGAAUGCAUCAACACCGAGGGCAGCUUCCGCUGCGAGUGUCCAGAGGGCCAUGAGAUCGCUUCUGACGGCUCCGCCUGCCUGGAUAUCAAUGAGUGUGAACUGAGUGACAAGCUGUGCAGGAACGGUCAGUGUGUGAACAUGAUCGGACGCUAUCAGUGCUCCUGCAACACCGGCUACAAAUCCACCGAAGACAGACUCUCGUGCAUCGAUAUCGAUGAGUGUGAGGACAGUCCUGACAUCUGUCAUGGCGGUCAGUGCACCAACAUCCCCGGUGAAUUCCAGUGCCUGUGUUUUGAUGGCUACAUGUCGUCUGAGGAUAUGAAAUCAUGUCUGGAUAUUAACGAGUGUGAGAUCGGCGCUCAUAACUGCGACCGACACGCGAGCUGUACAAACACCGCCGGCAGCUUCAAAUGCAGCUGCGCUCCGGGCUGGAUCGGGAACGGGAUCAAAUGCACAGAUCUGGAUGAGUGUUCUAACGGGACGCACCUGUGCAGCCCCAGCGCAGACUGCAUGAACACCAUGGGCUCCUACCGCUGCCUGUGCAAAGAGGGAUUCACUGGAGACGGGUUCUACUGCGUCGACACGGAUGAGUGUGCGGAGAACGUGAAUCUGUGUGAGAACGGACACUGUCUGAACAUCGUGGGUGGAUUCCGCUGUGAGUGUGACAUGGGCUUCAUCCCCACCGCAGAUGGGAAGGCCUGUGAAGACAUAGACGAGUGCACGUUUGCCGACAUCUGUGUGAACGGCCGCUGCCGCAACAUCCCGGGUCUCUUCCGGUGCCUGUGUGACCCCGGGUACGAGCUGGACCACAGCGGAGGAAACUGCACAGACGUGAACGAGUGCUCUAAACCCACCACCUGCAUCAGUGGCCGGUGUCUGAACACGCCGGGCAGUUACAUCUGCAGCUGUCCUCUGGACUUUGAGCUCAACCCCACCGGAGUGGGCUGUGUCGACACUCGCUCUGGAAACUGCUACCUGGAGGUGCGUUACCGUGGCGAUUUAUCCGACAGUCUGGUCUGCUCGACGGAGAUCGGCGUGGGCGUGUCCAAAGUCUCCUGCUGCUGUUCUCUCGGUCAGGCCUGGGGGUCGCCCUGCGAGGCCUGUCCGCUGCUCAACUCCGCGGAGUACAGGCUUCUGUGUCCUGGAGGAGAAGGAUUCCGACCCAAUCCCAUCACCGUGAUACUAGAGGACAUGAGGAAGAGCUUGUGCUACAGGAACUACUACUCUGAUAACGCCACAUGUGAUGGAGACCUGACCUUCAACAUGACCAAGAAGUUCUGCUGCUGCUCGUACAACAUCGGCCGGGCCUGGAAUAAACCCUGCGAGAAGUGUCCCGUCCCCAGCACCAAUGAGUUCGCUGUGCUGUGUGGAAGUGAGAGACCUGGAUAUUUUAUUGACAUUUACACCGGUCAAGUCAUUGACAUCGACGAGUGCCGUGAGAUUCCCGGAGUGUGUGAGAACGGCGUGUGUAUCAACAUGAUCGGCAGUUUCCGCUGUGAAUGUCCGAUGGGUUUCGUCUUUAAUGACAAGCUGCUGAUCUGUGAGGAUAUUGACGAGUGUCAGAAAGGGCCGGUGUGUCAGCAGAAUGCCGUCUGUCUGAACGUUCCUGGAAGUUUCCGCUGUGAGUGUAGACCUGGAUACCGGCAAACUCCCACCCAGCAGUGUGUCGAUCGUAACGAGUGUGCUGAGAAUCCAAACAUCUGCAGUCCGGGUCAGUGUAUUGACAUGGUGGGUAGUUACCGCUGCAUCUGCCCCAACGGCUUCAAAUCCACGCCAGACCUGUGUAUCGAUGUGGACGAGUGCGAGCGUCAGCCGUGUGGAAAUGGAACCUGUAAGAACACUGUGGGCUCCUACAACUGCCUGUGUUACCCAGGAUUCCAGCUGUCACACAACAACGACUGCAUCGACACAGAUGAGUGUGCAUCGCUCCGGGGCUUGUGCCGGAAUGGAAACUGCAUCAACUCGGUGGGCUCGUUUGUGUGCGUGUGUCUGGACGGGUAUAAACUCUCUCCUGAUGGCCGGAUGUGCGUGGACAUCAACGAGUGUUUGAUCAGCCCUGGCACCUGCGGCCCUGGAACAUGUCAGAAUCUGGACGGCUCCUACAGGUGCAUCUGUCCUCCUGGAUACUUCCUGCAGAACGACAGGUGUGAAGAUAUCGACGAAUGCUCUCAGACGGCAGAGAUCUGCAUCUUUGGCAAGUGCGUGAACACGCCAGGCAGCUUCAGGUGCGAGUGUCCGGAGGGAUUCCAGCUGUCCUCGACCGGAAAGAGAUGUGUGGAUAUUCGUGUGAAUUAUUGUUUCACUAAGUUCGAGAACGGACGCUGUCAGGCUCCGAAGCCCUUCAACACCACUAAAGGCUCCUGCUGCUGCAGCGUGAUGCCGGGUCAGGGAUGGGGUGACCCGUGUGAGAUCUGCCCCUCUCCGGAGGAGGAGGCAUACAAAGCUCUGUGUCCUGCUUCUGGUAAAAUCCUCACUAUAGACGACACGACUGUGGAUGUGGACGAGUGCACGGAAACCCCCGGCAUCUGCAGGAACGGCCACUGCAUCAACACGGACGGGACGUUCCGCUGCGAAUGUCCGUUUGGCUACCGGCUCGACUUCACGGGGAUCAACUGUGAAGACAUGAACGAGUGUGAGCUGGGGAACCCGUGUGGGAACGGCACCUGCACAAACGUGGAGGGAGCGUUUGAGUGCAGCUGCGACGAGGGGUUCGAGCCCGGACCCAUGAUGACCUGUGAAGAUAUCAACGAGUGUUCCCAGAAUCCCCUGCUGUGUGCGUUCCGCUGUGUCAACACGGUGGGCUCGUACGAAUGCAAAUGUCCAGCGGGAUACGUGCUGAGAGAAGACCGCCGGAUGUGCAAAGAUCAGAACGAGUGCGAGGAGGGUCUGGAUGACUGUGCGUCCAGAGGAAUGACCUGUAAGAAUCUGAUCGGCACGUACAUGUGCAUCUGCUCGCCGGGAUACACCAGACAGCCCAACGGAGACAGCUGCGUGGAUCUGAACGAAUGCACAGCCAAACCAGGCAUCUGUGAGAACGGCCGCUGCGAGAACACGGUGGGCAGUUACCGCUGCGUCUGCGAUCAGGGCUUCAGUCCCAGUCCCAGCAGAACUGAGUGCAUCGAUAACCGUCAGGGCUUCUGCUUCCUGGAGGUUCUGCAGACCAUGUGUCAGAUGAGUUCCAGCAGUCGCGUCAGCGUUAGGAAGUCCGAGUGCUGUUGUAACGGGGGCCGCGGCUGGGGGCCCAACUGUGAGCUCUGCCCACUGCCCGGGACCACGCAGUACAAGAAGAUGUGCCCGCUGGGCCCCGGAUACACCACCGACGGCCAGGAUAUCGACGAGUGUAAAGUGAUGGGGAAUCUGUGUAAGAACGGCCAGUGUCUGAACACACUGGGCUCCUUCAGCUGCAUCUGUAAACCAGGAUACACCACUGACAUCACCGACACUCAGUGCGUGGACAUGGACGAGUGUGUGGGGAAUCAUCGCUGUCAGCACGGCUGUCAGAAUCUGGUGGGCGGCUACAGAUGCAGCUGUCCGCAGGGAUACCUGCAGCAUUACCAGUGGAACCAGUGCGUCGAUAAGAACGAGUGCCAGAACAGUCAGAUAUGUGGCGGCGCCUCGUGUCACAACACGCUGGGCAGUUUCCGCUGCCUGUGUCCGACGGGCUUCGCCUUCGAGCAGCUGAUGGGUGGCUGUCAGGACGUCAAUGAGUGCAGCUCGACGCAGAACCCCUGCAGCUUCGGCUGCUCCAACACCGACGGAGGAUACCUGUGCGGCUGCCCACCUGGAUACCUGCGCGCCGGACAGGGGUCAGACUCUCUCACACACACACACUCACUCACACUCGCGCACACACAGACACAC